UGAUGUCUUAAUAGCAAGAUCAGCCUAGUGCUAAGAAACGUAUAAGAAGAUGUACGAAACAUGAUGAAAAUCCACGACCAUAUAAAUGUGGUUGUGGACGCGGCUAUUAUAGUUAUCCCGCAUUAUAUACUCACUUGAAGUAUUUAAUUUUUCGAUGUCAGAAUUAAACAUGAAGGCCAACCUCCUACUGGCACAUAGAUUCCAAGUGAUAAGCAUUAUGGUAGUAGAGGAAGACCAAGAGAAAAGAAUGUAAAAUGUGAUGAAGAAAGCAAACAUCAAGUGUUUAUUGAUGAAGAAAAAAGGGAAGAUAAUAAGAAAGAUGAAAAAGUUACCCCCAAUUAAUGAAAUCUGAAGAGAGCAUUGGAC